ACACACACACACACACACACACACACACACACACACACCAAACAUUCACUCACUCACAGGAUGGCCGCCGUCUCGCCUCGCCACUGUCGAACGCCUCAGACCUUCAUCUUCAUCUUUCUCUUCGUCCUGUCAGGUGGACCGUUGUGGUGCGUCUCCUGUUUUAAGGUGGCGGAGGGGGGCGUGGCCUCUCUGUCCUGCCAGUACUCGGUGAAGCGGUUUGGUCUGAGUCGGGUCUGCUGGGGUCGCGGCUGCGGGACGUUCUGGUGCAACAACAUCCUGGUUCAGACGGACGAGCACGGCGUCAUCUCCACGGUGGAGGACCGGUACCGUCUGACGGGGGACGUCCUGGACGGACAGAUGGACCUGGACAUCCUGAACGUGAGGCGGACGGACAGCGGGCCGUACUGCUGCAGGGUCGACAUCGACGGCAUCUUCAACGACAAGAAGGUGAUCAUGAACCUGAGAGUGGUCAAAGCUCCGGUCACCAGUUCUCCUCCUCCAACGACGACCACGUCAGCAUCGACCAAUCAGCCGCCAGCGUCCACAGUAAACUGGAAAUUCCUGCUGUCGUCUCAGCUGGAGCUGCUGAAGAAGAACGCCACCCUGCAGCGCUCCGACUCCGUCACGGUGGAGGACUCUGUCCCGUCUCUCUCUCUUCAGAUCAAUGUUCCCGUCCUCUCUCUCUCCCUCAGUGUGUUGUUGAUUUUGGUGGCAGUUUUUCUCUUUCUGGCCUUCAAACGUGGAAUAUACAUUAGAGCCUUAAAGAUGCGCUGUUUCUCCUCUGAAGAACCUCCUCACAUCAUCUACGAGAUCCGGAUGAGAAGACCGGUCACGGAGAACAUCUACACCCUGGACUAGAGACAAACGUUCACGCCCGGGACACAAACACACCGAAACACUGUCACCCUCUAGUGGGAAUACAGAGCCGGCCCUAGGCAAGACUUCAGCUGUUUGGUUUUUUUGUCAUUUUUGGUGUUAUUUUUCUGCAUUUUUUACACUGUUUUUGUUGCUUUAUGACAUUUCUGGCCCUUAUUUUAUACAUUUCUGUCACUUUUUUCAAAGUUUUUCUCACUUUUGCGACACUUUCCAACAUUUUCGUUGCUUUUUUCAACGUUUUUGGCAGUUUUCGGAAU